GACGCAUAUUCUAGUACAGUUGUGUGCGCGAGUUACGCCUGCGUCCAUUCACCACACACCAUCACCGAUUUAUCGAGCGUUCUCAUCCCCUCGUACUAUCAGUGCAUAUACCCCUAGACCGGCCGGCUCGAGUUGUGCAGGUGAUCGCCAUAUCAGAGUCGUCAAAUUUUCCUGCGAUCUGUUUCGUCAGUGGAUAAACGGAAUUCGGUUGUGGUGUACGGGAUCACGAGAAGCAAACAUCCAGAGACCAUCAUGAACGGUUUAAACGGUCACCAUGCCAACGGGGAGUUGAACGGUUGCGGAGACAUCAUCACCCAAAACCAACAGAAGGGAUGUUGGACCAUCGGUCUGAUCAACACCAAGUUCCGCUAUCUGACCGCCGAGACAUUCGGCUUCAAGAUCAACGCGAACGGCACCUCGCUCAAGAAGAAACAGAUCUGGACCCUCGAACCGGACACCGCCAAUUCUGGAGACAGCUUGAUUUAUCUGCGCUCCCACUUGGGCAAAUACCUCGCCGUCGAUUCGUUCGGUAACGUGACCUGUGAGGGCGAAGAACGCGAUCCCGGAAGCCAAUUCCAAAUCAGCGUGUCCGAAGACGGUAGCGGAAAAUGGGCGUUCAGGAACGUUGUCAGGGGCUAUUUUCUGGGCGCUUCGUCCGACAAACUGACCUGUACCGCAAAAGUGCCCGGCCAGGAGGAGUUCUGGCACGUGCACUUGGCCGCCAGGCCUCAGAUGAACCUGAGAUCGGUUGGACGCAAGAGGUUCGCCCAUCUGAGCGAGAAUCUCGACGAGAUCCAUGUAGAUGCCAACAUCCCUUGGGGAGAGGACACCCUCUUUACUCUCGAGUUUAGGCAGGAUGAGUCCGGAAAGUAUGCAAUUCAUACUUGCAAUAACAAGUAUCUCUCACUUUCUGGCAAGCUUGUGGACAACUGCAACAAAGACUGCCUCUUCACCGCCGAAUAUCACAGUGGCGCUUUGGCAUUGAGAGACCGCACUGGCUCUUACUUGGCCCCCAUCGGUUCGAAAGCCAUCUUGAAGACGAGAUCGAACACGGUGACCAGAGACGAGUUGUUCUCCCUCGAGGACUCCCUACCUCAAGCGAGUUUCGUAGCCGCCCUCAACUCCAGAUUCGUUUCCGUCAAACAAGGCGUCGACGUUACCGCCAAUCAAGAUGAGAUUUCCGAUCACGAGACAUUCCAACUGGAGUUCGAUUGGAGCACCAAGAGAUGGUAUAUUCGUACAAUGCAGGACAAAUACUGGACAUUGGAAACAACUGGAGGAAUUCAAGCCGCAACAGAAAAAAGAUCCUCAAAUUCUCUCUUCGAUUUGGUUUGGCAAACUGAUGGAUCAGUUGCCUUUAGAGCAAACAACGGUCGUUACGUGAUCACCAAGAGGUCCGGUCAUCUCUUCGCCACUUCCGAUGUGAUUGACGACAACUGCAAAUACUUCUUCUAUCUUGUCAACCGACCAAUUCUCGUGUUGAAGUGCGAGCAAGGUUUCGUCGGCUACAAAUCGUCCAGUAGCACAAAACUCGAGUGCAAUAAGGCUACGUAUGAGACGAUCCAGGUUGAAAGGGGAGAAAAGGGCGUCGUCCACUUUAAAGGGCAAAAUGGUAAAUACUGGCACUCAGAUAGUGAGAGUGUGAACGCCGAUUCAGAUACUCCUGAAGGUUUCUACUUGGAGCUCAGGGAACCGACACGUCUGUGCAUUAAAUCGACGAAUGGAAACUACUUAACUUCGAGCAAAAAUGGUUCAUUCAAUUUGGGCGGCACCUCCAUUGAAUCCGCCACACAAUGGGAGUACUAAGAUUCCAAAUCAUAUUUUUAUUCGGAAAAUCCGACAAAAAACUACAAAGCCGGAUAAACAAUUAGUUGUUUAGGAUUAAGGUCUAUUGUAAUUUUUUGAUUGGUUCUUCUGGUUUAUCAAGUCAGAUAAAAGUACUGCAAGUUUAUAUUUAUUAAUACUGAUACUAUUGGCUUAUUUUUUUGUUAUAUUUUUAUACAAUUUUUUAGAUAAUCGUGCACGUUAUUUUGUAAAAUUUUAUUUAUUUUAUUAUAUAUUAAGUCUAUAAUAUAGAUCCUUUCCUAUUUUUAAUAUGUAUAAGUAUAUUUAUGUGAUUAAAGAAUUUGAAAUUUAGUACGUAAAUCCAAUAACUAAACUAGCCAAUAAAAACCAACUGCCAAAACAUAAGGCCUUCCUUUUUUAAAUCAUUACCAAAAAUUUGUACUUACAUAAAAAAUACCGUACUUAUGGUUAUCGGAAUAAUUUUAUACGAAGUCGUUUAUACAAUUUAUAUGUUGUAUAUAUUUUUAACACAUAUUUUUCACUAUUAUGGCAAUAUGUAAGCAUUUAUAUGUAUGUAGCAAAUUUAGUAAUGUGUUUGAGGACUGUGACUAUUGAAGUUAAUCUCUAAUGUUAAUUUUAAUCGAAAUCCUCUGCACAACUAAGACCAGAUAAUGCAUUUAAUUUUUUAUCGUUUUAUCAUGUCCAAGCUCAAUAAGUUUUAGUUUAACAUAUCUUAGAGAUUAGGAGCUUGCUGAUAUUUGAUAAAAAUGGUUUUCAUGUCCAUUCAGUGUAUUUUUAUAGCUUUUAGCAUUUAUGGGUAAUCCCAUGUGUAAUCUUUUGUAUGAUAUAUGUAAUACUUAAAAAUAAAGAAAGUCCACCAAUUA